AUGGCUUCGACAUCAGACGACUUCACAAAGCGCAAGCUUUGGGGCGGCCGCUUCACCGGCAAGAAUGACCCCCUUCUCUUCGCUUACAACGAGUCGCUAUCCUACGACAAACGCAUGCACGCUCAAGAUAUCCGAGGUUCGCAAGCCUACGCCCGUGCUCUCGUCAAGACGGGUGUUCUCAACGAGCAAGAGAAGGACCAGAUCGUCGCUGGUCUCGAAAAGGUCGGCGAGGAGUGGAAGAACGGCACUUUCAAAAUUCACCCUGAUGACGAGGACAUUCACACCGCCAACGAGCGUCGUUUGACUGAGCUCAUCGGCGCCGUCGGAGGAAAGCUGCAUACGGGCAGGUCCAGGAAUGACCAAGUUGCCACGGACAUGCGUCUCUGGCUCAUUGACGAGGUCAAGGCUAUCGAGGGUUACCUCAAAGACUUGAUUCAGGUCAUGAUCGCCCGUGGCAGGGAAGAGGUCGAUGCUCUCAUGCCCGGAUAUACACAUCUUCAGCGCGCACAGCCCAUCCGAUGGUCGCAUCUUCUCCUUUCCCACGCAACCUACUUCGCUUCCGACUUGGCCAGGUUGCGUGAUCUCAUGCCUCGUAUCUCGGUCCUUCCACUCGGCUCUGGCCCUCUGGCUGGCAACCCAUUCGCUGGUCUCGACCGUGAUGCCAUCGCGGCCGACCUUGGAUUCCAGACCGUUGGACCCAACUCGAUGAACAGCGUCUCGGAUCGCGACUUUGUUGUCGAAUACCUCAUGUGGGCCAGCUUGACUGCCGUCCAUCUUAGCAAGAUGGCUGAGGACUUUAUCAUCUACUCUACCUCCGAAUUCGGUUUCAUGCAGCUCAGCGAUGCCUACAGCACUGGCUCUUCCAUCAUGCCCCAGAAGAAGAACCCGGACAGCUUGGAACUGCUUCGAGGGAAGGCGGGUCGUAUCUUUGGUCAGAUGUCCGGCUUCAUGAUGUCGCUCAAGGGGAUCCCUUCCACCUACAACAAGGACUUGCAAGAAGAUAAGGAGCCUCUCUUUGACGCUGUCGACACCACCAAGAACGGCCUCCAGAUCGCUACCGGUGUCAUUUCUACCCUCAACAUCUUCCCUGAAAAGAUGAAGGCAGCCUUGACGCCCGACAUGCUCGCCACCGACUUGGCUGAGUACCUAGUCAGGAAAGGCAUUCCAUUCCGCGAGACCCACCACAUUUCCGGUAGCGCCGUCCGACUGUCCGAGCAAAAGGGAUGCAUUCUCUCGGAAUUGACGCUGAAAGACCUCAAGUCGCUGUCAGACAAGUUCGAAGACGACGUCAUGCAGGUCUGGUCCUUUGAGCAGAGUGUUGAGCGUCGUGAUGCCAAGGGCGGUACCUCGAAGCGUGCUGUUCUCGAGCAGUGCGACACACUCGAGAAGAUGCUCACCUCCUCUUCCGCUUAG